AUGCCUAUAUGCUCUGUGAUUCGUCUUUCUUAUAUACUUGCAAUCCUUAAUGCUCUAAUAAUAAGACUGUACCAAAUUCACUGUUCUCAAACGCUUUGGUUUCUGUCGAUUAAAUGUCUUGCCCUGCGGCGCUUUUACACUGAAAUCCGAAUUGGCGCACUGCAGGUCAUGUUUGUGUUCACCAAAGAGGACGCGCAGUACGAAGCGCUCACGUGGGCCGCCGAGAAGAUGCACUACGCGUGCAGCCUGAGCACGACAACUGAGGAAGCCAUCGAGAAUUUUUUCAACGAGCGCCCGCACCUGGUGUUCAUCGACGCGCGGGGAAAGGGCACCAUGGACCCAACGGCUCUGUGCAGGACUAUGCGAGGCAACAGAGGCAGCCAGUUCUCGUGCAUCGUGGCUGUCGUUAAGAAAGCGCUGGUCGACAAGGAAGAAGCAGCCAUCGUAUCACUGCUCAAGUACGGCUUCAGCAGGUGGCUCACUGAAACGUGCUCGCAUGGCGUUUGCCUCAACGAGAUGAUCCAGAUCGAGCACAACGACCUGGCCAACCUGCGGAAGCUCGAGGCGUCCGAGGCGCUCUUCUCGGCACUGCACUUCACCCGAGAUGGCGUCAUCGUCACCGGACCUUCGCACGAUGUACAGUUCAUGAACCACGCAGCUGAGAGGCUAGUGGGCUACACGGCAGAGGAAUUGCUGGGCGAGAACGCCCAAGAACUGCAUCGCACCGGAGCCCUGAAGGCGGAGGUGGCCGAGUGCAUCAUCGCCGAGGUUUACAAGGGCCACGCGUGGCAGGGCACGCUGUUCCAGCGCCGCAGGUCCGGCGAAUGCGUUCCAGUCUGGAGCAAGAUUGCGCCCGUCAACAUCACUGGACAAUUGGAGCACGUGGUGUACGUCAAGGAGAACCCUUUUCUAAUGGACAGGCCCUUCUCGCCCGACGCUGCCGGCUCCAACAAGCGACAGGCGUACGCAGCGAAGUACCACGCGAUGACGAUCGAAGGUCCAGUGACAAAGGUUGUCAACAUGCUCAUGGCGACAAAAGACAACUGCGCAGCCUCUGUGGGCCAGUCACUGGACCGCGUCAUCGACAUCCUGAAAUCUACCGAACUGUACAACCCGCAACUGAGCGCCAGCAUGGGGAAGGCCGAGGACCAGAUUACGUCAGACCUUGUCGCGGGACUCACUUCUACGGGCCAGAAACCAACGGGCGUCCGGCGACUGUCUCACGAGACUGCGCUGAUGAAAGUGAACGUGGUCAAGGCGGCGUCGUCGUCGACGGCGACGCACGGCUGCCUCUCGCCCAGCCUGGCCGCAGCACCUUCCAGGAUCCGCGAGCUGCUCGAGAACGACGUCAAGUGGGACUUGGACAUCAUUGAACUGGAGUCGCAUACGGCACGACGGCCCCUCAUCUGGCUGGGCAUGUCUAUCUUUGCCAAAUUCAGCGUGCACACCAGCCUGGAAUGCGACGACACUAUCUUAAGUAACUGGCUGCAGCUCAUUGAGUCACACUACCAGGACAACCCGUACCAUAACUCGACGCACGCGGCUGAUGUUAUGCAAGCAACGGCGUACUUUCUGCUAAGGCUUAGAAGCAAGGACAUACUGGACCCGCUGGAUGAAGCAAUCUGCCUCCUGUCUGCAGUCAUUCACGACGUAGACCAUCCUGGAAGGUCAACUCCGUUCCUCUGCAACUCUCAGGACCUGCUAGCGAUUCUCUACAACGAUCGUUCGGUGCUCGAGUUUCACCACGCAGCUUUCGGCUUCAAACUGACGCUGUCGGACGAGAAGGUCAACAUAUUCCAGAACAUGGAGCGUGACGUCUACCGUACGGUGCGAGCUUCCAUCAUCGACAUGGUGCUAGCCACUGAGAUGACUAAGCACUUCGAGCACCUGUCCAAGUUUCUCAAUGCCUUUCAGAAACCUGCCCAAGACGACGACGCGUUUGGGCCAGAGACAGACGAGGAAAAGCGUCGUGGGCUGCCUGUAAUGAUGCCUGCCUUCGACAGAGCGACGGUCAACAUCGCAAAGUCCCAAACUGGGUUCAUCUCCUAUUUCGUGCGUGACAUGUUCAAGGCGUGGUCAGACUUUGGAGACUUCCCCGAGAUCUUGGAGAUUAUCGAGAAGAAUUUCAUUUACUGGAAGGAUAAGGAACCACCCCCGCCCCAGUAAGCGAGUCGUCUGUGUACCGUGCGAGAGCGAACGACCACGGAAAAGCCCAACGAGGCGGCAAAGCAGCGCACACAAUCGUUCACGUCAAGUUGAGCGUCUGCCGUCGCCGCGAAAAAAUGAAGCUGUUCCACGUGCGUGCCAUAUAGGGACUGAAGUGCUGCAAAGUACGCAUCGAAGGACUUCAUGAUACUCGGCAUGCCAAGCU